AUGGGAAAUGAAGCUAGUUACCCGACGGAGAUGUGUUCCCACUUCAACCACGAUGAAAUUAAAAGGCUGAGCAAGAGGUUUAAGAAGCUGGACUUGGACUGUUCGGGCUCUCUGAGCGUGGACGAGUUCUUGUCCCUGCCCGAGCUGCGGCAGAACCCGUUGGUGCAGCGAGUGAUCGACGUCUUCGACACCGACGGCAAUGGAGAGGUGGACUUUGAGGAGUUCGUCGUGGGGACCUCCCAGUUCAGCGUCAGGGGGGACGAGGAGCAGAAGUUGAGGUUUGCCUUCAGCAUCUACGACAUGGAUAAAGACGGCUACAUUUCCAACGGGGAGCUGUUCCAGGUGCUGAAGAUGAUGGUGGGGAACAACCUGCAAGACUGGCAGUUACAGCAGAUCGUGGACAAAACCAUCAUCAUCCUGGACAGGGAUGGUGACGGGAGAAUAUCCUUCGAGGAAUUCAGUGCGGUGGUCGGAAACCUGGAGGUCCACAAGAAGUUGGUGGUAAUUGUGUGA